GGGAGGCAGGAGAGGCUCCUCAGUGGUCUGCUGUCUGUCUCACUUCCUCUACAUCUGGAUUUGAAAAGAGACCUACAAAAAACAGAAGAGAGAAACACCAAAAUUGUUAAAGAAGAAAAAAAAUGCCCUGGCUUUAAAAAACAAACAAGGGACUCUUCAGUAUCGUAGCUACAGUCCUUUUAGUCAGGGCAUGGAUUUGGAGGACCAUGAGCCCGUGGUUCUGAGAGAAGACAACAGGGGAAGGCGGCGGAGAAUGAAGCCACAAAGUGCUGGCAUCAGCUCAUCUUCAAUGGAGCGCAUUCCCAUAGAAUUUAUCCUGCCCACCAGCCACCAGAACACCAAAGUCACAGAAACAGUGAUCCUAAAAGCGGCUGGAAACUGUAAUGUGGAGCAGGUGAAAGUACAGGUCUGGAUGCAGGCCAUGGAGGAGAGCACAGCCAAGCAGUUCUAUCACCAGUCCUCCCCAGAGCAGUUCCUCCUGCUGUAUGAGAAAAAGGGACAGUGGUAUGAGAUCUAUGACAAGUACCAGCUGAUACAGACAUUGGACUGUGUGAAGUACUGGAAAGCUCUCCAGAAGAACAUGGGCCAGAUCCAUGUAGUCCAGAGACAGCCGCCCACAGAGGAAACUCGGGAGUUCCAACAGCAGCUAAACGACCUGAUUGGCUAUGACGUUACUGACAUGAGCAACGUGCAUGAUGAUGAGCUAGAAUUCACCCGGCGCCGCCUCGUCACCCCGCGGAUGAUGGAGGUCGAGAGCCGAGACCCCAAACUCUAUGCCAUGCAUCCUUGGGUGACUUCCAAACCACUCCCCACAUAUCUCCUGAAAAAGAUCGUCAACAAUUGCAUUUUCAUCGUCAUCCACCGAAGUACCACGAGCCAAACGAUCAAGGUCUCCGCAGACGAUACCCCAGGCACGAUCUUGCAGAGCUUCUUCACCAAGAUGGCCAAGAAGAAGUCACUAAUGGACAUCCCUGAGAGUCAGAGCGAGCUGGAUUUUGUACUUCGGGUCUGUGGCCGGGACGAGUAUAUCGUGGGUGAAACACCGAUCAAGAAUUUCCAGUGGAUUAGGCAUUGUCUCAAGAAUGGCGAAGAGAUUCACCUUGUGCUAGACGCUCCUCCUGACCCAGGGCAGGACGAGGUGAGGAAGGAGGAGUGGCCGCUCGUAGACGACUGCACCGGAGUCACGGGCUACCAUGAGCAGCUGACCAUAAACGGGAAGAAUCACGAGAGAGUGUUUACUCUUUCCCUGUGGGACUGCGACCGAAGGUUCAGGGUGAAGAUCAGGGGCAUCGACAUUCCGGUGCUCCCGCGGAACACUGAACUCACAGUCUUUGUGGAAGCGAACAUCCAGCACGGGCAGCAGGUCCUCUGCCAAAGACGAACCACCUCUAAACCUUUCACGGAGGAGGUGCUCUGGAACGUGUGGCUUGAGUUUGGUAUCAAAAUCAAGGACUUGCCCAAAGGGGCUAUACUGAACCUUCAGAUUUACUGUGGGAAAGCAACAGCUCAGUCUUCCAAAGCUGCCGGAUCUCAUGACAUGCCUAGCUUCGAGACCAAAGGCAAAAGUCAGCUACUCUAUUAUGUGAACCUUCUGCUGAUUGACCACCGAUUUCUCCUGAGGCACGGAGAAUAUGUCCUGCACAUGUGGAAGAUAUCAGGGAAAGGAGAGGACCAAGGGAGCAUCAAUGCAGACAAGCUUACAUCGGCGACCAACCCCGAUACCGAGAGUUCCAUGUCAAUCUCCAUCCUUCUGGACAAUUAUUGCCACCCAAUCGCCUUGCCCAAGCACAAGCCCACGCCUGACCCUGAAGGGGACAGGGUGCGGGGAGAGAUGCCCAAUCAGCUACGUAAGCAGCUGGAAGAGAUCAUAGCCACUGACCCACUUAACCCACUCACCGCAAAGGACAAAGAAUUACUAUGGCAUUUUAGGUAUGAAAGCCUUAAGCACCCCAAAGCAUACCCUAAGCUGUUUAGCUCAGUGAAAUGGGGACAGCAAGAAAUUGUGGCCAAAACGUACCAGUUGUUAGCCAGAAGAGAAGCUUGGGAUCAAAGUGAUUUGGAUGUUGGGUUAACAAUGCAACUCUUAGACUGCAACUUUUCAGACGAAAAUGUAAGAGCUAUUGCAGUGCAAAAGCUAGAAAGCUUGGAGGAUGAUGAUGUCUUGCAUUACCUGCUGCAACUAGUUCAGGCUGUGAAAUUUGAACCAUACCAUGACAGUGCUCUUGCCAGAUUUCUGCUGAAACGUGGUUUGAGAAACAAGAGAAUUGGUCACUUCUUGUUCUGGUUUCUGAGAAGUGAGAUUGCUCAGUCCAGACACUACCAACAACGGUUUGCAGUGAUCCUUGAAGCCUAUUUGAGGGGCUGCGGCCUGGCUAUGUUAGAGGAUUUCACAAAACAGGUUCAAGUAAUCAGGAUGCUACAAAAAGUCACUAUUGAUAUUAAGUCACUUUCUGCAGAAAAAUAUGAUGUCACUUCCCAAGUUAUCUCGCAACUUAAGCAAAAGCUUGAAAACCUUCAGAAUUCUAAUCUUCCAAAAAGUUUUAGAGUUCCCUAUGAUCCUGGCCUAAGAGCAGGAACACUCGUGAUUGAAAAAUGUAAAGUCAUGGCAUCCAAAAAGAAGCCCUUAUGGCUUGAAUUUAAAUGUGCUGAUCCCACGGCCCUGUCCAAUGAAACCAUAGGAAUUAUCUUCAAACACGGGGAUGAUUUGCGUCAAGACAUGCUGAUUUUGCAAAUUCUUCGAAUUAUGGAAUCUAUUUGGGAAGCAGAGUCAUUGGACUUGUGCCUGCAGCCAUAUGGUUGCAUUUCAACCGGAGACAAAAUAGGAAUGAUUGAAAUUGUGAAGGAUGCUACAACAAUUGCCAAAAUUCAGCAGAGCACAGUGGGUAAUACUGGAGCAUUUAAGGAUGAAGUGCUAAAUCAUUGGCUCAAAGAAAAAUGCCCAAUUGAAGAAAAGUUCCAGGCAGCAGUGGAGAAAUUUGUAUAUUCAUGCGCUGGCUACUGUGUGGCAACCUUUGUUCUUGGUAUUGGAGACAGACACAAUGACAACAUUAUGAUCACGGAAACAGGAAAUCUGUUUCACAUUGACUUUGGCCACAUUCUUGGGAAUUAUAAAAGUUUCCUGGGCAUCAACAAAGAGAGAGUCCCAUUCGUGCUAACUCCUGAUUUCCUCUUCGUGAUGGGAACUUCUGGAAAGAAAAGCAGCCAGCACUUCCAGAAAUUCCAGGACAUUUGUGUCAAGGCUUACUUAGCUCUUCGACAACACACUAACCUGCUGAUUAUCCUGUUUUCCAUGAUGCUGAUGACUGGAAUGCCCCAGUUAACUAGCAAGGAAGAUAUUGAAUAUAUCCGGGAUGCCCUGACAGUGGGGAAAAAUGAAGAGGACGCCAAAAAGUAUUUCCUUGAUCAGAUAGAAGUUUGUAGAGACAAAGGCUGGACUGUGCAGUUUAACUGGUUCUUACAUCUUGUUCUUGGUAUCAAACAAGGAGAAAAACAUUCUGCCUAAUGCCUAGGGCAAGAGUUGAAGGUCAAGGACCAUUAGAAGAGUUUGAAAUAACACUUCAGCUAUUGAACGUGAACUAAAAAUGGAAUUGGGCAUUCUGACAGCUGACAUUUCAGAAAUAUGGCUGUUUCUUGCUGAUUUUUUGUAAAAUAAAAAAUUGUUAUCA